UCUCGCCUCAUGUGGUGAUUCGCAACUUUGGGAUCGCCCUUGAACCGAUGGUGCACAUUGGCGUGGGGAAUCUGUGUCCGAUUGUACAGUACGUAUAUCCAACGGCGAAGAACGCAAAUAUCGGCCUAAUGAUAUAAGAUCCAAUCGCCCCGCUUUUGUUCAGAAUUGUUCCUUAGCCGAAUGAGAACGAUAAGCGUAUUAUUGUCAACUCUGAUCCUCUCAUCAUUAGCUUAUCAGUCAAGUCUUAGCCGAUGCAUCUGCUACAACUGCGAAGAUACUACAUGAAACUGAUGUUGAAGGGCGCGUCUUGGCGGAAAAGAAUUAAUCAUUGGAGGCUAAUGUUUCACCCCACUAUCCUAUCCCAUUGUUGGACCCCGCAGUCGACGAGGAACGAGAUAUAAAAAGCCGGAAUCCCUGUCAUUCCAAGCUUCCAGCUCUGUAUCUCGAAGCUGCCUAAUAUUCAGUCAAACUUCAUCAUGGCGCCCAAUCGCUCCUUAACCUCAUUUUCGGUCCUUUCUUUCGACAUUUAUGGGACGUUAAUUGAUUGGGAGAAGGGAAUUAUCCAGGCCCUUCAACCACUUGUUGCCCGUCUCCCAGACUCACAUCCUCUAAAGUCAGACCAUGUUGCUCUUGGUUGUGCGUUAAAUAAACAUGAACGUAUCUUCCAAUUGGCGAACCCAAAACAGUCUUACGAUUUGAUCCUCAAAGCUUCGUAUGAAGCCCUCGCAAAAGAGUUACGAGUUCUCCCAACCGCCACGAAUACGGAAGACGCAUCUUCGCUUCUAGACAAAGAAGGCACAGCAUUUGGAGCUAGAAUUGGAACCUGGCCCGCAUUCCCGGACACCGUUGAUGCGAUGCGAAAAUUAAAGAAGCACUACAAGCUUGUGCCCUUAUCGAAUGUGGACCGCGCCUCUUUCCGGAACACGCUCCGCGGUCCGUUAAACGGACUUCAUGAAGGCUUAAAGGAGGCAGAACCCUUUUUUGAUGCCGUCUAUACCGCGCAGGACAUUGGCUCCUAUAAGCCGGACCACCGAAACUUUGAAUACCUGUUGUCGCGGUUGAAAUCAGAUUUUGGAGCGGAGAAGGAGAAUAUCUUGCAUGUUGCGCAAAGCUUGUUCCACGACCAUGAGCCGGCGAAAAAAUUUGGCAUGCACAGCGCAUGGAUUGCUAGAGGGGAAGGAGCAGAUGGAAUGGGUGGGAAUGUUGCGGAAUAUAUUGGAGCUGAGAAUCAGAAAGUUGCGUUUGGAUGGCGAUUCAAUACCCUAGGUGAGCUGGCAGAGGCCAUUGAAAAGGAAGAGGCAGAAAAGGGGGUUUAGGAACCAGGUUAGUACGGCAGUCUAUAGUGACAAAUGUGUCAAAUGGGUAUUUUAUACUAGUGUUACAAUGAGCACACAUUAAUGAUACUGAUUGUAUUAGCAAUCAAGAUCUUCUCAUUGAAGGUUGUAUGAAAUAAUGACCUACAUCAGUGA